GGCCGUCCACAGAGAAGUAUAGUAACGUUGCCAGACAGCUAGCAGGCAUGGUGACGCGCCCCAGCGUGCUGUGGACCUGUUUCCUCGCAAUUUUGGCUCGAGCCGUUUCGGUUCUGAAGCCAGAGGCAGAGCCAGAGAGGGGAUCCAGUCCUGGCCGCAAGACUCCCAAACGCGAGAGCAGCGCGCGCGCACCGGUGGCCCGCGCCCGUCCCUCUCAGCAUGGACAAGUACCGCAAGGUCGACAAGCCUAAGAGCACCGAAGCCGUUGCCGAGGACGAGAUCCGCGUCACAUCGGCGGGAAGUGUCUCUGCAUACAUAUCCCGCGCAGCCAAGGUUUUCAACGAGCUGGAGAAGCCCAAGGUGGUCAUCAAGGCCACGGGCGGUGCGCUGACCAAGGCGGUCACGCUGACGGAGGUCAUCAAGCGGCGCUUCAAGGGCCUCCACCAGAUCACCAGCCUUGGCAGCGUGGAAAUUGUGGACGAGUACGAGCCCCUCGAGGAGGGGCUCGAAAUGGUUACUGACACCCGCACCGUCGCGGUGCUUGACAUCACCCUCUCGAAAGAGGCGCUGGACAGCUCUGACAAGGGCUACCAGCCGCCCAUCGACGAGGCAUUAGUUACGGAUUUCGACCCGGAGCAGGUGGGCAAGGGUCGCGGCCGCGGCAAGGGACGUGGCAAGGGCAAGGGCAAGGGAGAGAAGGGCAAGGGAAAGAGCAAGGGCGAGGGAAAGAGCGCCCCCAAGGGUAAGGGUAAGGAUAAGGACAAGGGUAAGGGCAAAGCGGCCGAGCCCUCUAGCAAGGGCAAGGGCAAGGGAAAGGACAAGGGCAAGGACGCGUCCGAGUCGAAGGGCAAGGGCAAGGGUAAGUCGAAGGGUAAGGACGAGCCGUCCAAAGGUAAAGGCAAGGUCUCAUACGAGAAGGGCAAGUCGAAGUCGAAGGGCUACGGCAAAGACGACUCCUACGGCUACGGCUACGGCAGCUACAACUCGUACGAUUACGGGAAGAGCAGCGGAAAGGGAAAGAAGGGAAAGAGUUCCGGCUACGGUUACGAUUCGUACAACAGUUGGGGCGGGUCGAGCUAUGGCACGGGGUACGGUGGCGGCUACGGCUCGAAGGGAAGCAGCUACGGCUCGAAGGGAGGCGGUUACGGCUCAAAGGGCGGCGGCUACGGCGACAGCUACGGCAAGUCGGGCGGCAAGGGGAAGAGCAAAAGCUACGGCUACGGCUACUGAGCGCUCUGCCCAGGCGCCGCCUUGUGGGCGAGCCGCCGCCCUGCGUGCAGGUUGCCUCCGCGAGACACUGCACCUCUUUGAAGCAGCGUCCUUGCGCCCAGAAGGUAGGAGGAAGGGAUCGACUCAAACGCAGCAUGCCUCAGGCUCACCAGUGAUUCUGAGUCCAAGUGCCAAUCAGAGCGUCUGAGUCAAACCCUCAUCUGAUGCCCAAGGCGAUGGUGACACGCGUCGUGGCUGCUACACCAGGAACCCCACUCCACCCAGCACCCGCAGCACUCACGUCGACACUACUGCACGACAGGCGUCACCAUCCUGAAGCCAUUGCGACGCAAGCCUUUUUCGUCGCGCUCCGUCCCUCGCUGCCAGCUUUCGCACCGCGCUGUAUCCUACCUUAAACUGCGGAGCACAUGGUGAGUGGUAGAGCUUGCCAGGCUGGUAGAGGGAACGUGUACACUGCGCUUGGAUGCCGAAAAACGAGUGUGCGGGCACGCUGGCGGAUGGUGCCACGAUGUGCCCUGACGUGUUCGGCGAGCAGUGAUAGGACGGUCCCCGCGCGUGGGCUCCUGGCUGUGCAGAUCAGGUAGAAACUGUUGACGCGUCGCGUAUCCCCACCAGCUUGCGCCUUGCAGCUAAUUAGGUUUGCCCGUCGGCCCGGACACCCUGUUCGCCGCCUGCGCUGUCGCUCGCGGCCGCGACCAAAAAAGUACCCCCACCAGC